AUGAGUAAAGAAAUUUCAACCCAAAAACGAACUACCGACGACGACGACACAACGCUCGUUUUGAAUACGGAUCCAAAAGUCGUCACCAAAGCGGCCGAACUACUACAGCCGAUCAACACCCAGGUGGUGGAUAAGAAUCUCGACCAGGUGCUGGAAGCGGUGAAGAUCGUAGACCUGACGUGCGAUUUUAAGGGGUGCAAACAGAAAACAAACCUCGUCGGAACGGACUGUUCGUUUUGUAAGGAUCGAUUCUGCUUCAAGCACAGCCUGCCGGAGAUACACGGCUGCGGGGAAGCGGUUAAGCGUAAGGAGCGCGAACUGUUCCUUCACCCCAUGACCGGUAAGGCGAAGGCGGAACAGUACGAAAAACAAAAGGCACAGGUACGCCUCACACAGAAGCUGAAACAGAUGUCACUGGAGAGGAAGCAAAAACCAUCGUCUGGUGGAAGCGGUACAAAAGCUACCGGAAGUGGCACCAGUACCACCAGCCGUGGAUCAUCCAGUAGAGGUGGAAGGAAACGAACAAACAACCCAUAG